CAAGACAUCAUCUGCAACCACUUACCAAGAAGUACCUCUGACCAUAACCCUCUCCUAAUAAAGCUCAGCAACUCCCCUUUUAAUGGACCAAAACCCUUCAGAUAUAUCAAUUGAUGGAGCUCCCAUAACACUUUUUUGUCCACUGUCUGCAACAACUGGGGACCUUACACUGGAGGAGGCAUGAGAGGGCUUGGUUACAAACUCAGGAAGCUUGGGAAAACCCUUCAUACCUGGAAUAAGAGCAUUUUUGGUAACAUCUUCAACAGGGUAAACUCACUGGAAGGGGAACUGAAAGAUAUUGAAGCACAGUUUGAUACUCACCCCACCCCAGAGUUGAGGACUAUUAUGCAGGAAACUAAGGCUAAACUUAUACAAGCUACCCAACAAGAAUAUUCCUACUGGAAGCAGAAGGCAAAUAUCAAAUGGACCAAGGAAGGGGAUGCCAAUACCUCUUUUUUCCAUGCCACUGUCAAACAAAGAAGAAGCCAACAAAAGAUCACCAGUCUCAAAUCAAAGGAAGGAAAAUGGCUUCACAACCAAGAAGAAAUACAUGAAGAAAUCCUCAAUCAUUAUAGAACACUUUUCAUGUAUAAGGUAAGCCAUAAUGACAGAUUCACUCCAACCUAAUCAUUGAUUUGGACAACACCAACCUCACCUCUCCCUGAUGAAGCAGAAGUCAAAAAAGCUGUUUGGGCCCUCUCAAUUCUACAAAACUUGUUGGGAACUCAUUAAAGUAGACUGCACCAAAGCUGUUCAGGAAUUCUUUCUAGGAAUCUCUAUUCCUAGAAACUGUGCCCAAUCUACCCUCAUCCUUGUUCCUAAGAAAGAAAACUCUCAAACUUGUGAAGAUUUCAGACCAAUCUGUCUGUCUAACUUCUGCUGCAAACUUUUCUCCAAAAUUCUAGCCCAAAGAAUUAGCGCAAUUCUUCCUAAUUUGAUAUCUCAAGAGCAAGGGGGUUUUCUCAAAGGAAGGGUGAUACAUGACCAAGUUCUCCUAGCCCAAGAACUUUUCCAUGGCCUGGACUAUAAAACUAGAGGGGGAAACUUGGCCAUUAAACUGGACAUGUCCAA